AUGACCAUCUAUUAUCAUUGCAUUGAUUAUCAUAGUUUGAUCAGCUUUAAAACGAUUUACGUCGUUGAUAGUGCGGAUAUCAAGAGGCUAGAAGAAACGGGACAGGAAUUAUCAGAGCUUCUGUUGGAAGAGAAGCUACGUGGAGUACCUUUAUUAGUAUAUGCGAAUAAACAAGACCUGGGACACGCCGUGACGGCGGCCGAAAUAGCGGAGGGACUUGGUUUACACAAUAUCAAGGAUCGAGAUUGGCAAAUACAAUCGUGCAUCGCCAUCGAGGGCAAGGGCGUGAAGGUACGUCUGGAAGAUAUCUAUUCUCUCGUCCUUAAAUUUUAUCAGGACAUUUCUUUUACUCAUUAUCACAUUCAAAAAAUAUAA